GGCAUUUACCGGAAAGAGGAAACGCUAAGCAAAAUAUACCAGCGUCAUCAACAUUAGUCGAACUUUAGUCUGUAUUUCAUUUCACUCUACAGUAUUGUGCAAAUUUAUAUCUAGCGGAAACCGGAAUUGUGGUAAGUCGCACUCAGAUAACAGGUUGGGGCGAAAAUAACCGGUAGCCCAAGAUAUUUUGUCGUAUAGCAGACCAUUUCUGUACGUAAGUAAAAACAAAUGGGUAAAUCUUCGUCAAGCAGCUCAUCCAGUGGCUCUUCUGAUGAUGAAUGGCGCCACUUGCCUAAGCAUGAAAAGAAGCUAAGAAAGAAAUGGAAGAAGCAUCACAGAAAGGGGAUGAUUCCUCAUGGAUCCUUGCCACCCUGGCAAGGGGGUCCUGCUUGGUGUCCACCCCAUGGAAAACAUGGUAAAAAGAACAAGCAUGGACACGGUGCCUACCCUGGUGGUGGCAUGCAUGGCGGUGGCAUGCAUGGCGGUUACCCUGCUGGGGGGAUGCCAGGUGCCUACCCUGCCGGUGGAAUGCCCGGAGGUUAUCCUGCUCCUGGGGGUCACUACCCUGCAGGUGGGCACUACCCAGGCAACCCUGCCUACCCCCCAGGUGGCUAUCCUGCUGGGGGUCACGUCCCACCCCCUAAUCCUUCCUACCCUGCACCAGGCUAUCCCGGAGCCCCUGGUCAGUACCCUGCAGGCGGUGCCCCAUAUGGCCAUGGAGUUGCUCCCUCAGGACCAUUUCAAGCACCACCUGGCAGUGGUUACCCACAAGGUGGAGGUUACCCACAGGGUGGAGGCUACCCACAACAGUAUCCACGUUAGAUGAUCCCAAAGAGAUGCACAUCCAGGUUUUAGCCUUCUAUUUCAAGUGAUUAUCCUAUUGUUUUGUUUUAAUCUGGGGUUUCUAUUGUAACAUUUAAAUUAAGCCUCACCUCCUUAAAGAUUGAAAGAUGUGCUCUUUCUGGUAUGAUACUGUGUAUUUCACUCGUAAUUUCUGUUUUGAUUCUCAGAUGAUGUAUAUUGUUAUACAAUUUAUUUUCUGUUAUAGACAGACACUUGCAAAUUUGAUGCAAACUUGUUGUUUAUCAUAACUAUUUAUGUAAACUAAACAAUUCUAUUUCAAAUACAGCUUGCUGAUGUUAUGUUAUUAUCUAGAAUUUUACCUUUCAUUAUUUUUUUUACAUUAUGAAACAACUUCACUUAUUGUUCUGUAUGUUUGUUCAUGGAGUAAGAAUGGAUGCCAUUUUCACUUGUUAAACAUCAAUUAGCAAUAGCAUUGAUUAGUCAAAUAAAGUUAAACAUCUUUAUGAGCAAUAUUUUUACACCAAAUUGAAAUACUGGUAGUUAGUGAUUAUCAUGGUUUAAACUAAUGAUUGUGCCAGUAUCUUAUAUUUGCUCGUAUUAUGAAGGAAAAUUAACAUGUCUGGUUUUAAAUUAAUUUGCUGUGAUAUUUUGACAUUGUAAAUGACAAGCCAAUCUUUGACAGUUUUACUUUUUAUUGCUUAAUUUUAUAUUAUUUUUUAUAUGCUGCUAAGAAAUAAGAAUUUAAUAAAAUUAAGAUAAAUAAAUGUACUGUGUUUGUCUUAAUUAAAACAAUGGAUUUGAAAACAAGUAUGUUUAUAUUUUAAAUGUCCCAAGGCUGCAAAUUCUGUUGCAUUGUUCUUC